GAAACAACAUUUCCUGCAAGGAUGUUUGCAAAAGCGACAAAGAAUUUUGUGAGAGAGGUUGACUGUGGAGGAGACUUGCUCCCUGCGUCACAACUCAAUGACUUAGAUAAAUUUCAGCUCCUGAGCUUGGUGACCAAGAAGAAGAAAACCUGGUGCUGGCAGAAGCCAAAGUACCACCUCUUGUCAGUCACACUGAAUGAUGUGCUCGCUGAAGGCAAUCCCAUAAAACCAGUUGUUGUGGAAUCUGACUUUGUGAAAUAUGAAGGGAAGUUUGAAGACUACGUCAGUGGAAGCAUUGAAACAUCUGUUGGGAAGAUCAGUCUUGGAGCAGGUGGAAAAGGCAUCGUGUCUAGCCAUUCAUCUUUUGGGAACUUAAAAAAACAAGAAGCUGAUAUGCAGAAUCUUAUGAAGGCUAUCCAGGGAAGGUCAUUAAAUCUACACAAUACAUUGCUGCAACAAAUGCUUGAAAGAAAGCAUGAAGUUCUUUGUAUACUGACCAAAAGAAUAGUAACUACUCAGAAAUGUUUAAUAUCCGAACACAUUCAGACAGAGGAAAAAGUGGCCAGUAUGGUGGGGAUACGUACAAAAGUUAUAAAGGUAUCUGUGAGUGAAAAUGGGAAUGUGAUGAAGGAUUCUAAUGUGAUCUUGGAGAUCCCAGCUCCCACAGCUAUUGCUUACGGUGUAAUAGAACUGUACAUAAAACGUGAUGGUCAAUUUGAAUUCUGCCUGCUGAAUGAACAACAAGGUGGUUUUGAAAGAGAAAGUGCAGACGUCCCAUCUCAUCCUCACUCUGUAAUCUUCAGAGAUGUUAUGUUCCUCCAUCAGCUGGAUGCUGUGGACCACGGGAAGGUCUCUGGGCCAGAAAGCCCGAUCCCCAGUGAGGCUUCAUUAAGUAUUUUGAAGAAAGAUGUCUCACAAUUAAAGAACCAUUUCCAGCCCUUCACAAAGCUUCCAGAAGGAGAACAGUGUGCUCUAUACCAAGUGAUUCGGGAACUUCUACUUCAUGAAGAAACAGUGACUCAGUUGGAGGAUGUGCUGGACAACAUACACUCAGAAGACAUGCCAGAAAGCUUCGUGAUGAAGGAGUUAAAGCUGCCGGAGCAAAAAAGCAUGGAAGAGUUCUUACAGCUUGUGGGAAUCGGUUUACGGGAUAAACAGUUGAUAUUGAGGGACCGGCAUCAAAAUCAGGAGCUCCUUUUAGCUGCUCACAUCCUCCUCAGUGCUGUGGCAGAGCUGUCAGAUUAUGCACUCAUCCUGCUGUGGGCCUGCUGUGACCUCCAGGUUGUCCCUGCCUUGUGUUGCUUGCCCGAGAUGACCUCCCCGGAUGGUACAUUGACACUUUCAGGCCCAGCGCUGGCUCCGCUCACCGACACAGGAAGAUUUCACCUAGUGCAAAGGCUGUUUGCUUCAUCAAACAUUAACCUUGAAAUGACAGAGUCGUCCAUCAGAGCUGUAACCAUGAAGAAACCCCAGUUUUUACCAAUAGUUCUUUACAUAGCAUUGUACGGACUCUGUGCAUUAGGCUGGAAAACAGAACAGGGGUGAAGUAGCAGCU